AUGGCGACUAGCGUCCUUUUAUAUUGGACAGAAGAAAGAUCGUGGUCCGUACAAUCCAUCUCCACCAUAACAGAACCGAAGAAGGACUACGGGGAGGUUUAUAUCGCAGGAGAUCGCGUGAAAGCAAGGUUUCAAGGUUCAUCGUACCCCGGACUUAUCGUCCAAAUAUCAAGUGACAGAGAAAUUCUUAAGAAGGCAGGCAUGAGACUGGAGGUAAUAUUGCAAAAUGAAGGCUCGGCUAUGGAUAAUAAGACAUUGGUAUCCAAACUAUGCAAUCGUAUGAAACAGAUCAACUCAGUAGCUGAAACACCAAAACCAGCUGAGGACAAUAUGAAUCCGAGCUCACACAAACGAGCAAAGCAGAAUGCAGUAGCUGAAACUCUGAAACCAGCUGAGGACAUUGAAGCCAAUAUGAAUCCCAGCUUGCACAAACGAGCAAAGCAGAAUACAGAUGUUGGUGCUUCUCCUGUUGGUGCUCCUCCUGUUGUAGCUUCUCCUGUUGUAGCUUCUCCCAUUCUUGCUUCUCCUGUUGGUGUUUCUGCUAUGCAAACAGAGCGGGGAAUGGCGAAUAGACUGACUUUACAGGGUUUAUCGGCAAAUGAAUCUAGAUCUAUUCCACGUGAAGAAAACCAAAAUGAAUGUGAUAGAUGCUUGAAAUUUCAAGAGGAAACAAAAAAGGAAAUGCGACAACUAAAGAACAGAAUUAGGGACCUUGAAAAAAAAAUGAGAAAACAGACAGCUUCUGAAACUGCAGGACGGCUUCCUGAUAUAGACUCAACUAGUACUACACCCAUACAUGAAACACCAACACGUUCUUUUACAUUCACUGCAACAAAUACACCUCCACACUCGACCACCUCCACACAUUCUGAAAUUACUACACCAGUGCGCUCCUCUACACCAACAACAAUACAGGCCACACCAGCACUACAGGCAACACCAAAUAAUGACACAGAAGCAUAUAAUGGACACACUUUAUCCCAUCUCCAAGACUCAAUAAGCCACACAGACACACUUUAUGUUGCUGUCCGGAUUCUACUUUUGUUGCUUUUUCCAGAGGACUACAUUAUUUCUCAUAGUGUCUCUGGGAAAGCUGCAAAUUCUAAAACGGAAAAGAAUCCCUCAUUUGACAGCAGGCUUUUUGGCAUCUUUCUUAGAAUUUUGAAAAGUAAAUUUCCAAACAAUUCGGCUAAAGAUGUGACAGAAAAAAUUCACUCUGUGCAGAAGUCCAUCAUGAAAAAACAAAGUAAAUAAAUUUCAACUGGGUCAGUAAAUUAUUUUGGAAACCUGCCCUAUAUAUAAUUGAAUGGUAAAGUUUAAUUCUGCCAUAUAUUUUUUUAGUGUAUUGCUGUGGAAACUCUUCCGUUUUGGAAUACAUGGGGUCUCUAAAUACACAAAAUUCUGUCGUCAAUAACUGGAUUCUCAUCCCGGUCUUUUGAUAUUUUUGGCUUUCAACAUUUUUUUGUUUUAUUUUAUAAAAUUGUUUCCAUUCAUCAAUUCUUAAGGAUCAAAUAAACUUGAGGGUGAAAAACUCAUAAAAUAUGAAAAAUUAGAUGAGAUUUAAAUAUUCUAUUCCGAUACCUAUUAAUUUAUUACACUUGAACAUUUUGGAAAAACAUUUUGGAGGCAACAUGUAAGUAGAAUCUGACAUUCCUUCUUAUUUUUCUCUCAAAACACUAAGGAAUCUAUACUAGGUUGUAGUUUGUAUUCUAAUUUUCAGGGGAAUAUAUAUGAUUGUUGCAAACAUCUGAACUUUUUUACUAUUCAAUAUUUAUUAAACUUGUAUAUAUUUUUCAUGUGUUUUAUAAUAUUAACUACAUGUAUCAUUGUACUUUUUGAUGAUUUUAAAAACACAUCCUGUUGCAGUGUAUAUCAGUCAGUCUCAUUUUCAUUGUUUUGAUUGUCAGAUUUUCAUUAAACUUUAAUUAGAAAAAAAAAAUAGUUUCAGCACAAUACAUAGCUGAUUCUGAACAAAACUUCACAUACCAGUGAGUAUAUAGGAUCCUUACUCACUUUUAUUAGUGCUUGUUAGUGUUUUGUAUUUAAGGUCUGAAGGUCACAAUGUUACUAUAAAUAGAAAUUUAACUUUCAACACCCGUGUGAGGCUCUGUUGGAGGUAUUUUGAAUUCCCUUCCUUAGUUCAAUAAUAAGUGCCUGCUGUUUAGUCAUAGUCAUGUCUUUGUCAUCUCAGCGGAAAAAAAUAUAUAAAUGUUCAGCUCAAUUUUUGUAUGUAUAUAUAUAUAUAUAUUGUAAAUCCUGCUUUGAAAUUUAAGGACCGAGACAAAUGAUAUUUGAUUGAUAUUUCAAUGAUUUUUGAAUAAUACUUAUGUUUCUCAUUCUAAUGAAGCUGUAUUUUUUAAUUGAAAACCAAUUCUAGAGCAAUAUUUUGAGGUAAUGAUUUUUAGACAAGCACAUCAUUAGGUCUUUACAGCUUUUACUCUCUUUUUAUUGUAUAUUACAUGUAGUAUCAUAUUAUUGUGCCAAUAAGGCACAAGUUUUGAUAUGUGUCUAUAUGUUGCGUCCCAGUUCUCGAUUUAGUUAUGAAUUUGCUAAAAAGGGAAGUGAAUCACAAAUUUAAAAAGCUGUUUUGUUACAAAUAAAAUAUUGUAUAAUGCAAGUGAUAUAUAAGCGUUACUAUUCUAUGUAAGUGUUGUUUAUGAUGAUUAUUUUAAUUCAUGGUCCAUGAUUAUACCAUAGUCUUCUUUUUUAGACUGAAGUCCACCAAACAUGGUCGGAGAAUGAUGGUCGACCAUGUUUUGUUGAGAAUA